AUGGGAGGGAGAGGAAGAGGAAGCAGGUCACGAACUCAAAGAAAGCACUUUCGUGAUGGCAGAGAGAAUGUUUGGAAACGCCCUAAAUCUGACAGUGCCUCUUCCAAUCCCAACAGCAACAACAACUCUGAGAAUAAGACUCAUUGGCAACCUUUUGCAACUCAAAACCCGGCCUUUGAUGAAUACUACAAGGAGCAAGGGAUAGUGGCAGCUGAAGAAUGGGAUACCUUUGUGGAAGUUCUUAGAACACCCUUGCCUGCUGCUUUUCGAAUCAAUUCAAGACUAGCUAGGGCAGGGAUUGGAGGAAGACAAGGAAACUGGGAGGUGGGAAGUAAGGUCGACUGUUGUUUGACAAAAUAUGGUCCUAGGAAGAAUGAAAUGGAGGGAAAUGAUACUUGUGGUUGUAAGUAUGGGGAAAGUAGCCAAUUUUGUGAAGAUAUCAAAUCACAGCUUGAGAAUGACUUUAUGCAUUCUCUCAAAGCAGAGAACACUGAUGGUGGUGAAGUGGAGGCUAUCAGACCUUUGCCUUGGUACCCUAAUAAUCUUGCUUGGCAUUCAAAUUACUCCCGGAUGCAGCUAAGGAAGAACCAAACCCUUGAGAGGUUCCAUGAGUUCUUAAAGCUAGAAAAUGAAAUUGGAAACAUAACCAGACAGGAGGCUGUCAGCAUGGUACCGCCACUCUUCCUUGAUGUAUGUCCAGAUCAUUUUGUACUUGAUAUGUGUGCUGCACCAGGUUCAAAAACAUUCCAGUUGCUGGAGAUUAUAUACCAAUCAACAAAGCCAGGAUCACUUCCUGAUGGAAUGGUUCUAGCAAAUGAUCUGGAUGUCCAGAGAUGUAAUCUUCUCAUCCACCAAACAAAAAGAAUGUGCACUGCCAACUUGUUAGUCUCAAAUAAUGAAGCCCAACACUUCCCUGGGUGCCGUUCAGACAAAAAUGGCUCUAAAGCUUCUGAAAUGGAAUUCGAGCCCCAGAUCAGUCAGCUUCUCUUUGAUCGAGUGUUAUGUGAUGUUCCCUGUAGUGGAGAUGGUACCCUCCGCAAGGCUCCAGAUAUGUGGAGGAAAUGGAAUACAGGAAUGGGCAAUGGGCUCCAUAGUCUACAAAUUCAGAUAGCGAUGCGAGGCAUAUCAUUGCUUAAAGUUGGUGGAAGAAUGGUGUACUCAACUUGCUCAAUGAAUCCAGUUGAGAAUGAGGCUGUGGUUGCUGAGAUUCUACGGAAAUGUGGAGGGUCCGUUGAACUUGUUGACGUCUCCACUGAACUUCCUCAACUUGUCCGUCGGCCUGGUGUCAGAAAAUGGAAGGUACGUGACAAAGAUCUCUGGUUAGCUUCCCACAAAGAUGUCUCCAAAUUCCACAGAUACCAUAUACUUCCCAGCAUGUUUCCUUCGGGCAAAAGCUACAUUGCCCCAGCCAACAAGGACCUUGAGCACGAGAAUGGUAAAAGUGCGAUUUUUGAAGCUGGGCUGCAGCCAAUGGAGGAUACUUCUACCGAAGAUUUGAUCGAGGAAGUUUCUGAUCUCCCCUGGAACGUUGAGAAACCCAGUAAGAAAAAGAAUUGGUUAAAGAAGAAUCCUGAACUGCAAGAAAAAAUAUCAGAUCAGAUUACUGAAGAUAACAAUGGGUUGGAGCCAGAUUCCGGAGAUGCUGCAGUAGAAAAAAUUUCUGAAUCAGCCUCAGAGGCAGAUUUAAUUGUUAAUGAGCCAGAUGAAGCUGCUAUGGAACCUGAUCCUUCCAAUACAUCUGACCAAAAUGAUUCAGAGGAAGCCCAAACACUGGUUAAUGGGGAAACUGACUCUGGGAAGGCUGUAGGGAAGAGAAAGUUGCAAAUUCAAGGCAAAUGGAAAGGGGUUGACCCUGUUCUUUUCUUUAAAGAUGAAGCUAUUAUCAAUAGCAUAAAGAUGUUCUAUGGGAUCGAUGAGUCAUUUCCUUUUGAUGGUCACUUAAUCUCAAGAAAUAGUGAUAAGAACCAUGUGAAGAGAAUUUACUAUGUCUCAAAAUCAGUUAAGGAUGUUCUUGGGUUGAAUUUCUGUGUUGGCCAGCAACUUAAGAUAGCUUCAAUCGGCCUGAAGAUGUUUGAGCGACAAACUUCAAGAGAAGGUACCUCUGCCCCAUGUUCAUUCAGGAUAUCAUCUGAAGGAUUGCCAGUGAUUCUUCCACACAUCACCAAACAGAUCCUAUAUGCAUCCCCAGUAGAUUUCAAGCAUCUUUUGCAGUAUAAAGCAAUAAAAUUUGCCGACUUUGUUGAUGCUGAGUUUGGUGAGAAGGCAUCAAAGCUAAUGAUGGGUUGCUGCGUAAUAGUCAUGCGAGACAGCAAAGCCAUGUCAGAUCCUAUCAAGGUGGAUGCUUCAACAAUAGCUAUAGGCUGCUGGAAGGGUAGAUCUAAUCUGGGCGUGAUGGUUACAGCAAUUGACUGCCAAGAAUUGCUAGAAAGGCUUUCAGUUCGCAUGGAUGCCGAAAAAGGCGCUUCAGUGCAAGAAAGCAAUGUCAAUGCUGAUGAAGUGCAGCUUAAUGGAGCUAGCAAGGUUGAGGAAUCUGAAAUUACUGAACUUGUUGCAGAUGCUUGA